AUGUCAGCGGGAACUAUCGUUAUAUCCGGAGGAAUUCUCGCCGGAGUGAUACUGCUGUGCAUCGUAGCAGUGCUCUGUUACUGUAGACUCCAGUAUUACUGCUGUAAGAAAAAUGAUUCGGAGGUGGACGUGGGCUCCGCGGUGGGAGAGGACCCCCUCUCUCACUUUCCCUGCAACGCCUGCAACGCCCUCGCCAUGGACGGCGCCACUGUCACCCCGGUCUCCGUGGAUCAGCUGGACACGGGGUCCCACCACAGCCCCUGCCCCACCUGUUCGCCGCGCCCCACCCACUCUGGUCUCGCAGACGGAAUGCGUAACGGAGGGGAGCGGCUGGGCUUCCACACCUACUACGAGAACCCGUCCGUCUCUCUUCCUCUGUCCGCCAACCCGCAGGGAUCCUCUCCUCUGAGUUACUUCGGCCCCUCGGACCUGUUCCCUCCGCCGCCGCGCCCCUACAGCACCGAUGUCUGA